AUGACCAGCAAACUCCUCACCCUCCCAACCGACGUUCUCAUCUCCAUAAUCGUUCACCUGCCCACUGCUUCGUGCCUAACACACCUCUCGCAGACGUGCAAGUCCCUGCACAUCUUCAUAUCUGCCGAGGGCUGGCGCGUCUUCGUGCAAUGCCAGCACGCCGGCUUCCACGCGAAGGUGACGAGGGCGCUGCCGCACGGCAAGCCGGCUUCCACGUGGAACCGGUGGGCGGAGGAGUUGACGGUGACGCGGAGCAACUGGGACAAUUUUGGCUUCCUCGCGAGCGGCCUGUUCGUCGAGGGGAAGUGGCGGAGCCGGAGGAAGAAAAGGGAGGAGGAGCGGAGGCUGGGCUUGCGGCAUCGGGAGCGGGAGGGCGCGUGCGUGCCUGUUAUCGAUCUCUGGGAGGGGUGGGCGGGCGGCGAGGAGGUGCUCGUCAUGGGCGCUGGGGUGAACAUGAUGAUGAGGAAGAGGACGAGGCAUGGGAGGAGUGAUGGGUGGUGGAGGUAUGAAGGGGUUGUGGAUAGGGGUAGGGAUAUGGAUGAGGGGGAGGAGGGAACAGGUGGGGUCGAGGGGGGCGAGGGUGGGGAAAAACCGACGGUCUUUGAGAUUUUAAAUGCGAAGCAUCGCGCAGAUUACCUUCGCAGCUGCAGGGAUAACCCGCAGGAUUACACUGCCGUCCACCUUUUGGGCUCCCACGGCUGGGAGGACGCGGAGAUCGCCGUUGUCGGACGAGCUUCUGGCGCGCUGGAGAUGGUGAAAUUGACUACGGGCGCCGGAAGGGCCGGGAGAAUGAGCGUACUGGGACGGUUCGAGACUCCAGCGCGCAAGUGUGAGUGGAGUCCCAGGAUCGGCAAGUACACCUCCAUACUCCCGCACGCUGGUUCCGGGAACCAGUACGGCCUCAUGAGCGCUGGUGCGAGGACCGGCCCGGCGUCGAGGGUUGCGCUCUACAGGGUGCAUAUCCCCUCCAACGACGAUUUUCAGGUGAUGCCCGAGGCGCCGGUGUCGGAGUUCGAGAUCAGCGCUGGCGAUGGGGAUAUCUGGAGCACGAAUUUACUUUCGCCUGAGUAUUUGGCUGUCACGAAGACUAAUAGUUGUGAGAGUCCUUUGUGCGUCUACGCUGUCGCUCCGGAUGGGAUUCGGAAGAGGCCGGUGAGGUCCUUUGCCAAUCCGGUUAUGUUCGGAGCAAGCACGGAUGCUACUGCUACGGCCCGCUUGGAGAGUUUUGCGGGGGAAUUACCUUCUGGGCAGGUCUUCUUGAGUGCAUGGUCCAGUGGUGACUUGAGGUAUUUUCUCCCAUUCUACUCUUGGGGCUUCUUGGGGCUUGUGGAUGGGCUAAUACUGACGACGAAAGCAUGCACGACCUCCGCUCCCCCAAGGAAACCGUCGGCCGCUGGGGUAGCUUCAUAUCCAAGCCCAUCCGUUCCCUGCACACCCUGGGCUCUGGAAAAUUCCUGGUGGGCCACAGCGAAGCUUGCAUGCUCCGAGUCUGGGACAUUAGGAGCAAGUACUGCGACUUGGAAGAGUGCGUACCGAACGAGGGCAAAUGUUCGAAAUACCCGUACAGCUGGGUCACCAACUUUCACCUGCCGGGGCGCUCCCGGCCGGAGCCCAUGGAUCCCGUGUUCGCGCUCGCCGUGUCGCCCUGGACGGAGAAGAGCGUGUACGCCGCCACACCGGGCAUGGUCUGGGAGUUGAAUUUCGCUGGCACCAUGACCAGAGCGCCUGAACGUGUCCCCGUGGCUCCGGGGGUGCCGGCGUGGAAGAAGAUGUGGAAGCGCUCCAGGGUGUGGAGGAAGCCGGAUGGGGAGAAGGAGAUGGUGGAGCCAGUUACGCUCGCGGUUAGGGCUUAUAACGGGCUGCUGUGGGGGAUGCAUUAUCAGCAGCCACCACGGAGGGUUUAUCAGAGAUAUGUGUAG